AUGAGUCAAUCUCCAAAGCCUUUGCUGGCACCUCCUGUGUCCCGGCCCACAGAGCUGCUUGUCAAGCCGCUGGCCGUCUGCGGCACCGCCGCGCUGCUGCUCGCCGCAUCCGUCCGCGACGCCCGCCACGCGCGCUCCGCCGGCGCGUGGGCCGGGCCGCCGACGGCCGGCAACGCUGACGAGGACGACCACGGCGGCAGCUCCGCCGCCUGCGUGAUGGCGGCGGGCGGGCGCCGCGCGCGGCCGCGCACGUCGGCGCGCAGGAGCGCGCUGCUGUUGGCGGGGCGGGUGCUGAUGGCGCUGCUGCUGGCGUUCAGCGGCUGGAUGCAGGUCCAGCGCCUGGCGGCCCGCGCCGCCGCGCCGCCCCCCGCCGCCGGCACCACACAGCACUACGGCCGGUCGGACCCCCAUGAUAAUCCCCUGGUCCUAAUCCAGUGCGCCCUGGCCGCCCUCCUCGCCCUCGGCCUCGCGACGCGCCCCGCGGCCGCGGCCCUCGCGGGCGCGCUCGUCCUCGAGGCCGCCGCGUGCUGGCGGUUCUGGGAGCGUGGGGCGCCGAAUGUUGCGUACGCGCAGCACGUGAGGGAGCACUUUUUCGUGGACCUGGGGCUGGCGGGCGGCGCGCUGCUGCUGAUGGCGCUGGGCGCGGGCGGCUUCGCGGUCGACGCGAUCCCCGCCGCCAGGAAGCGCCAGUGA